CCCCCCCCCCCCCCCAUGACAUCAUCUGAGGUCAAUGUUAAUGUGGAGGAGGUGGUAGUCGUGACAACGCCGGAUGAAGCAGGGGAGGGCUCGGCUGCAGAGGUGGUGAAGACUGUGCUGGUGGCUACAGAGCUGACCCAGGCAGGGGAGGAACUUCCAGAUGGAAGCGUGGAGUCAGAAACCGACGCCACCAUCACUGUGACAAAGGAGGCAGUCCUAGUGAAGCUGUCAGAGGAGAUGGAUGUGGAAGCUGAUUUGGUGUACCCAAUCACUUGUGGGGACGUGAAGGGAACCCUGGUCUGGAAGAAGUUUGUUUGCCCUGGCAUCAACGUCAAAUGUGUCCAAUUCAAUGAGCAUCUCAUCAGUCCCAAGGAAUUUGUCUAUCUGGCUGGGAAAUCUACAUUGAAGGACUGGAAGAGAGCCAUUCGCGUGAACGGCACUAUGAUCAGGAAAAUCAUGGACUCAGGCGAGUUGGAUUUCUACCAGCACUCCAAGGUGUGCUCCAACACCUGCCGCAGUACUAAGAUUGACCUGGUGGGGACCAGAGUGUCACUCAGCAGCCAGCAGUCCACCGAAUAUGUUCCUGUCCCUCCUUCCUUAUCUGACGUGAACGGAUCACCGGCCACGUUUCCAACAGAGGUAUCAUCAGACGACACCACGGAAUGGGUCACGGCCAUAGGAGAGGAUUCUGUGACCUUCUGGAGGGGUCUGAAGGAGGCUGGGUUGCUGGAGGAAGUGGUGGAGGACUUCCAGAAGGAGAUUCAAAAGGUGCUAAAGGGAAUGCAGGAGCGCAUCACCGAGCCUCCCCUGCAGGUCAACGAUGCUGUGCUGCUGAACAAUAUAGUGCAGAACUUCGGCAUGCUCGACUUGGUUAAGAAGGUGCUAGCCAGUCACAAGAGCCAGAUGGACCGACAUAGGGAGCAGUAUUCACGCAGUCUUGUCGCUCUGGAGCAGCAGUGUGACGAGCACAGGAAACGUGCCAAGGAGUUAAAGAGCAAAUCCCAACACCUCAACAACGUCCUCAUGACCCUAACUCCCGUGGCCGUGCCGUCCACGCCCAAACGCCCACGCCUCACCCGCGCUGUCUCGGGCCCUGCCGUUAUGUCCAGUGCCCCCACCCAGAUCACCCUGCCCCUCACCCAGCUGGCAGGCCUGCCUGCCGGGUGCAAAGUGCUCUCGGUGGGGGGAGCCGGUGCCAGCCAGCAGAUCUACACGGUGCUGACCUCCCCCACGGGCGAGCUGGGGCCAGAUGCCUCCAAUUUGACGGUGCUCUCCACGGCCGCCGCCGUUCAGGAGGGCGCACCCGCCACCUCAGCCUUCGUCAAGAUGGUCAGCCCAGGCUACCAGCUGAUCACGCUGCCUGCCGCGUUGAGCACCCAGCUACAGAGCCUGGCUGGGGGCACGGCCCAGGGCACCACUACCAUGGUGGCAGUGCCUAUGGGUAACAACGCACUGCAGAGCACGGCGGCAGUGGUCACAGAGUUGGGGAGACGGGUGGAAGUUCAUGUGCAGGAGGGUGUGGCACCAGAGACUGAGGAGCAGGAGGCGAAGGAGACGGUGGAGAGUUAGAGAGAUGUACUCCUCCUAUAGUGUUAAACUCGUCAGGGACUUGAGGCCCUGUUUGUCCUCACUGGUUUGGAGGGCAAGUACUGGAACCAGUGCCUAGGUCUAGUGGUGUUGAACUAUGAAGGACCCAUAUCAGUAAAGAUUACUUCAAAUGUAUAACUACAUGCACUGCUCAUUUUACUCAAAGCACCUGUGUGUGUAUGUGUGUGUGUGUGUAGAGGUGAAAAUGUCUGAGCAGAAUUGAGUUUGGAAUUCAAAACAGUGUAUAUUUUUAUAACCAUGCAAGUAGAUGCCGACUCUGCUCAAAAGCCAUUUUCUUAGUUCUUCUCAGGUGUCCAUUUUCACUGGGGUGUGGGUGCCAUGUUCACAUUAUCUCUUUACAUUGUGCUAAAAAUGUAAAUUCUACAGUGCUCAUCUUUCAACAUCAGAAUGGUUUUCCAUUUCAACAGUUAAUAACUGUAUAUAACUUUUUGUUGAAUAUUACAAUGCAUUUUAUUAUAUUGUUCAUAUUUUUGAACAAAUGAGAAGUGAACAAACUGGUGGUUUUGUUGAACUUGUCAGUGUACUCUGUAAAUUUAAUUGUAUAAAUUCUUUAAUCUAGCCAUUACUGGAAAACUUUAAGUAUUUGGCAUUUCUUUUUAUUUCUAAACCAGUUGUUCAAUUCAUCAUGAAAUCAAUACUUUUAAUAGCUUUGUGUAACAUUUCUUCUGACCAGAGAAGGCGUUGAGUUGUGAAUUUCACCAGUCUUCUCAUUAACUUCAAUGACAUGGAUCAUGAAAGGGCAAAUCAAACGCAUACUAUAUACAUUUUACGGACGCAGUAUAUUAAAGCAAUAAGGCCCGAGGAGGAGUGGUAUAUGGCCAAUAUACCACAUCUAAGGGCUGUUCUUAAGCACAACAAAACGCGGAGUGCCUGGACACAGUCCUUAGCCGUAUAUUGGCCAUAUAUCACAAACCCUCGAGGUACCUUAUUGUAAUUUGAGCUGUAAAAAUAAAUGUUUUGUCAUACCCGUGGUAUACGGUUUGAUAUACCACGGCUGUCAACGAAUCAGCAUUCAGUGCUCGAACCACCCAGUUUAGAAUUUACAAUAGUUAUCUUUUGUUUAUUUUUAGUCCCAUCCUUCAGCUCCCCUCAACCCCUCCCAUCUAUCUCUGAAGACCAUCCAGUUGUGAUUUCUAUUUGCCAUGUUUUUCAACUUUGCUGUUUCACAAAAGUUCUGAACCUAAAUGCAUUUUAUGGACACACUAUAUUUUCAUUUGUUUUCAUGUUAUCCAGAUACUCAUCUUUGGCCAGUGACUGUCGACAGGUGCGUUGCACUUGGUUUUGGGUGCAUAGUGCACAGCAAAUUAAAUCGGAUGACAUCAACCGUGAAUAACUGUUCAAUGUUGAGUUUGAUUUGCCCUUUUUCGUGAUCCAUGUAAUUUAAGUUGAUGGGAACUUUAUGUUCAAACGUUUUGAUUGUAAUGCCAAUUUUAAGAAUCAAUCAGUGAACUUCAAAGACUACAACAGUUUAUUCAAUGUGAAUCAUUCUAGCUGACUCAUGAUUGUGAAUGCAAUGAAAGGUCCUAUUUUGCAAUGAGAGGCGCUCUCCAUGAUGCUGAAAUGCACCACGAGCCUAUGUGCAUUGGCACUCCACAAUGGUCAACGCUCCACGCUGUCCUCUUGGCAAUGUAGGCCUACUCUUGGGCUACUCGUCCACAAGAUGGUGCUAGUCCAAUUUCACUCAUCAGCAUUCCAUUUAGUUGGGUGAUUGAUUUUAAGAAAGGUAUUGUUGAACAUCAAUUAAAAAUGAAAACACCAAAGGUCCUCAUCAUCCUCUGUUCGCUAUGCUGCAGGUCUGUAGGCCAUAUUUCUGCUGAUGUUGGUGUUCUUCUCAUUUGUUGAAAUAUUCUAAAUAUUCUAUGUCUAAAAAUAAAAAAAAUAUCAAAUGAGAUUAGGGUCACAGGUCGUUGGCGGUGCCCAAAGAUGUGUGCGUAUUUGGUCACCUUUGGCACUACAAGGUGAAUGGCAAGAUGUCCAUUGGAUUACAUUUUGGGGGGCUUUUUUCUAUGGUAGCCAGUGGCGACCCGUCAUUCAGGACUUAGCAAAAAAAAUGUGUUGCCUGUUUUUGCAUGUUAUUUUGGCAUUAAUACUUGUCACACAUCCAGUUUGCAAACAAUGUAAAAAAUAAACAUUUAGUUAGUAAAGCUGCAUACUAA